AUGGCUCCCGUCGAUACGCAUGUAAUGAUCAUCGGUGCUGGAAUGUCCGGCCUGGGGCUCGCCGUCCAGCUCCUCCGCCACCAUCAAACAGAGUCCAUCGAGCUGAUCGAAAAAUGCCCUGAUGUCGGUGGCACCUGGCUCGUCAACACCUACCCGGGCUGCGGCUGCGAUGUGGCUUCCCACUUCUACUCUUACAGCUUCGCCUUGAACCCGAACUGGAGUCAGAAGUUCAGUAUGCAGAGUGAGAUUCAGGCAUAUUUCCGGGGCGUAGCAGAACAGUACGGCAUUCCACGGCGGACUAGGUUCGGAUGCACAGUGGAGAAGGCGAGUUGGAUAGACGAGGGGAAGUACUGGGAGGUCACUGUCCGUGACCAGCAGACCAAGGCGACCUUUCUUCGUCGAGCGAAGAUUCUGGUCAGCGCGGUAGGGAACUUAAGUAUCCCGCGCCAGUGCGAGAUACCGGGAGCAGAAGCCUUCAAAGGCCCUCUCUUCCACUCCGCUACCUGGGACAGCAGUCUCGAUUGGAAAGGCAAGGAUAUCGUAGUCCUAGGAAAUGGCUGUUCAGCGACCCAAUUCGUGCCCAUCAUGGCCAAGGACAGCAAAAACAUUACUCAAUUCGCACGACAAGCACAUUUCCUAGCCGAACGGCCGAACCCAGUGUAUGGCUCAACGUUCAAGACUGUGAUGAGAUAUCUACCCCUUGCGAUGCGUCUGUAUCGUCUGAAGCUCUAUGCAGACAUGGAGAGGGACUUCGCUGGCUUUGACGUCGAAUCAGGCUCGCAGAUACGACAGGACUUAAAGGAGGAGAACGAGCGAUACGUCAAGCGCAUGGCGCCCGAGAAGUACUGGGAUGCUUUGAUAACAAAGCAUGAGAUUGGCUGCAAGCGCAAAGUGAUGGAUACUGACUAUCUGACAACUCUCCAUCGCUCGAAUGUCGAGUUAGUAUCUGAUGACCCCGUCGACAAGAUUGCACCAACGGGCGUCAAGACGAGAUCAGGUCGAGAAGUACACGCGGACGCCAUUGUACUCGCCACCGGCUUCCAAGUCUUUCGAAUGCUCUUUCCCAUGGAGAUACGAGGCCAAAACGGCAUAAGCCUGAACGAACACUGGGACGAACACCACAAAGGCUCCGCUCAAGCAUACAUGGGGACGUGCGUGCCUGGCUUUCCCAACUUCUUCACCCUCAUGGGUCCGAAUACCGUGACUGGGCACUUGAGCGUGAUCUACACGGUCGAAUGCCAGAUCAACAUGGUACUUCGCUUGACAGAGCCUAUCCUCAAGACUCUUCGGACCUCAUCACAAGGCCUGCUGAUGUCGAGGGAUCAACAGAUCGAAGCCGUGGUCGUCAAAGCAGAGAGUGCAAAGCAGCAUAGCACGUGGCUACAAGCGAAGCUCAGCAAACUCGUCUGGUCCUCCGGCUGUACCUCAUGGGCACUCGAUCCUUCGACGGGGGUGAAUAUUGCCAUGUAUCCCGAAUACCAGUUCCUCUUCUGGUGGCGAAGUAUCUUCGUCCCCGGCAAGGACUUCUCGUAUGAUGUCUUGAUAGGCGGCAAGCAUACCCAGAAAAUUCUUACGAUUGGUGGAUGGAAGACUUUGCAGCGUUUCCUAGGUACGGCAGUGGUUGUGGGUAUGCUUGCUGGUGGUGCUUUUGGCAUGAGGCGAUCUGGUGGAAUUGAGCACACAGGACAUGCUCUUGUGAACGCAAUCAGAGGCGGAUUGCGCACAGGCAGGCGGAUGGUUGGGCUUCCCUGA